GUGGUGUCGCCCAAAAGCGAUGCAAUAUUUUUAAAAGAAAGCUGCUUGGCCACACUGUUCUUACAGCAAAUUUGAUUUUUUCGUCAAAUAAAAUAAGAUGCAAAUUUUAGUUAGCAAAAGCAGCAAUAAAGAAUAUUCGUGGAAUGCAACUGAAUCGUUGGCGGUUUUGGAUGAGGAUUCGUGAUUUCGAUUUGGACACCAAUUGCAGUUUCCCAGUCGCGUCCGCUGCUAUGUGUGUGUGUGCGUGCCCGUGUCCGUGCGUGUGCUUGUGCCUGUGUGUGUGAGUGAGAUCGGGAAUAAGUUGUUGUUGUUGCUGUUGCUGGAGUUGCCGUUGCCAUCGUUUGUUGUUUGUGCAUUUUCCAUUGUCGGGCAACAAAAACAAGAGAGGGGAGAAAAAAGAAAAAGGGCGGUAAAAGGCCAGAAAUUUGGAGCACGGGAAACCCGAGACGUCGCUGAAGAUGUUCUCGAAGAAGAAAAAGAAACCGCUGAUCUCGAUGCCCAGCAAUUUCGAGCAUCGUGUGCACACGGGCUUCGACAAGCGGGAGAACAAAUAUGUUGGCCUGCCCCUGCAAUGGGCCUCCAUUGUGGGCAACAACCAGAUCCUGAAGUCCUCGAACCGGCCACUGCCGCUGGUCGAUCCCUCGGAGAUCACUCCCACGGAGAUCCUCGAUCUGAAGACCAUUGUGCGUCCGCAUCACAACAACAAUAAGGCGGACACCACCUCGCUAAACAGCAGCAGCACCAUGAUGAUGGGCACCUCCAUGGCCGCAAAUCCCAUGGCUCCCGGUUCGCAUCCCAUGAUGAACAACACCCAGGGCAUGAUGUUGCCCCCCGAGGCGGGCGGCAUUAUCCUGCCCAAGACCUCGCAUGUGGCCAGAUCCAAUUCCCUGAGGAGCUCAAGUCCGCCGCGAGUGCGCCGGGUGGCCAAUGUGCCGCCUUCGGUGCCGGAGGAGGAGGGUCCACCGGCAGGAGGUCCUCCGGGAGGUGGCAGCGGUGGCUUCAAGCCCCCCGGUGCCCAUCCCCCCCUGCUCUACACCACCAGUCAGCAUGUGCACGCAAAUGGAGCAACUGGCCCGCUGGCCGUGCGCACGGAUCAGAAUCAGAGCAACCUGCAGCAGUAUCGCAGCAAUCUGGCCCUGCCAUCCGGUUCCAUUCCCCACCAGCAGCAGCAGCAGACAUCGCCCGUGGGUUCGGUGGCCAGUGGCACGCGAUCCAAUCACUCACAUACGAACAACGGCAAUAGCGGCAGCUAUCCCAUGUAUCCCACUAAUCAGCAGCAGCAGGCCAAACAGGCUGGCGAUCAGAACCAAAACCCCUUGCAUCCGCAUGCCCAUCCGCAUCCCCACCAGCACCUGGCCAAGUCUGCUUCAAGGGCCUCCAGUUCGAGCGGAGGAGCCAGCAGUGCCGCCCAGCAGGCGGGAGGAGCCGGUGGAGCGGCAGGGCAGCCCAAGCAGGAGCAGCGUCUGACCCACGAACAGUUUCGCGCUGCCCUGCAGAUGGUGGUCUCCGCCGGAGAUCCGCGCGAGAACCUCGACCACUUCAACAAAAUAGGCGAGGGCUCCACCGGCACUGUUUGCAUAGCCACAGACAAGUCCACAGGUCGCCAGGUGGCCGUGAAGAAGAUGGACCUGCGCAAACAGCAGCGGCGCGAGCUGCUCUUCAAUGAGGUGGUCAUCAUGCGCGACUACCAUCAUCCCAAUAUCGUGGAGACAUACUCCAGCUUUCUGGUCAACGAUGAGUUAUGGGUGGUGAUGGAGUACCUUGAGGGCGGCGCCCUCACCGACAUUGUCACCCAUUCGCGCAUGGACGAGGAGCAGAUAGCCACCGUCUGCAAGCAGUGCUUGAAGGCUUUGGCCUAUUUGCACUCACAGGGCGUCAUACAUCGCGACAUCAAGUCGGAUUCGAUUCUGCUGGCCGCUGAUGGACGGGUGAAGCUGUCGGACUUUGGAUUCUGCGCCCAGGUGUCCCAAGAGCUGCCCAAGCGCAAGAGUCUGGUGGGCACGCCGUACUGGAUGUCGCCGGAGGUCAUCUCGCGCCUGCCCUACGGUCCGGAGGUGGACAUCUGGUCGCUGGGCAUCAUGGUCAUCGAAAUGGUCGACGGAGAGCCGCCCUUCUUCAACGAGCCGCCGCUGCAGGCGAUGCGCCGCAUCCGCGACAUGCAGCCGCCGAACCUGAAGAACGCCCACAAGGUCUCGCCGCGCCUCCAGUCCUUCCUCGAUCGGAUGCUGGUGCGGGAUCCGGCGCAGCGGGCCACCGCCGCCGAGCUGCUGGCCCAUCCCUUCCUGCGCCAGGCGGGUCCGCCGUCGCUGCUGGUGCCGCUGAUGCGGAAUGCUCGCCACCAUCCAUAGAUGGGCCCCCAGUCACAGGACGCCAAUCAGCUGGUUGGAACAGAUACCCACAGACAACGGUCCCCGACCCGUAGGCAUCCAUCUAUCAAACUUUAGUAUUAACAUUCAACUCGGCAACUGUACUUAACCCCGAAAGCCCCUCGAAACAUUGUAAAGUCAUUUAAGCCAAGCACACCCACAUUUAGCCACUGCACUAUCACACCCCCACUACCGAACACU